UUGGGUGUACCCGAUGUGAGGUUUUUGGAGAGUCUCCACAAUGUCCUGGCACCUGGCAACCCUUGUGGGAAAAAACACCAUUUUGGCGUUUCGUUUGUCAAAAUUUUUGUUAAAAAAAUUCACAGGCGCUGCAAAAAAUUGCAAUUUUCGCGAAAAAUAUCAAUUCUGAGGGCUUCAAUUGGACGCCCAGUGUGUACUAAAGUGGUGUGGAAGUGCGUGACGGUGAAGUGGAGGUGUUCGGACGCGGGUAUUCCAUGCCGCAGAGGCUUCAAGGUGUGAACAGAAAUCGCAAUGUCCUGGCCCCAACAGUCACCCCCUACCCCAAAUCAUGUAAAGAUCUCGUCACCAAGGAGAUCGUGAUCAAUGAUGCCCCAGUAGUGGCGAGGAAUCUUCUGACCAAGGGACAGACGCAGGACGAGAUAUCACAGAAUUCGGGCGCGUCAAUCUCCACCCGUGGCCGAUACAUUGCUCCGGCUGAGAAGAACAGUGGUAAAAUUCAUGAGCGACCACUAUAUCUCUAUAUUCAAGCCCACUCGAAACAUUCAUUAGACUUGGCUGUGCAGAAGAUUUCACAGAUCAUCCAGAUGGAGGGGCCACACCAUCAGCGAAUGCCCAAAUUUGGGGCUGGCAAUCAGCCCAUGCCUCCGUCAAAUACGUGCGUGGAAAAGAUUAUGAUUGGCCUGGAGCACGCUCCGCCGGCCUUUGAUCUCCGUGGCCGGCUGAUUGGGGUGGGUGGUGCAAAUUUGCACUAUAUCCGCAAUGAGACGGGUGCUAUGGCCACUCUGAGGGGCAGGGGCUCGAUGUUUCUGGAUCCACAGUUUGGCCAGGAGUCACCAGAGCCUCUGCAUUUGUACAUCGAGCAUUUACGUCCGGAGGGACUUCAGGCAGCUCGACAGCUGGCCAAGAAUCUGAUUGAGACCCUGCAGCAGGAACUGAUUCAAUUCCAACAGAUGAAUCCUCCAGCGACAAAUAUUCAGUACCAUGCGCAAUCCACAGUGACACAGUCUUCAGAGCAACAAAUCUACACUCCGCAACAGAUUGUUCAAAUGGGCAUUCCGCCGCCCAUAAUUGCCGUGCCACCGCCUGUGAUUCAGGGGCCUACGGUGCUUCAGCAGCAAAGUUUGGCACAGCCGGCGUCACAAAUUGUUCCGCCGCCACAGUACCAAGCACCUCAAAAUCCAGCACCAACUCCCACUAUUCAAUCAACCCCCCAGCACUCCAUCAUCCAACACUCUGUGCCCAUUCAGCUGCAUCCCAAUGGGAAUGUGAUGAUUCAGCAGCAGGUGCAGACAAAUCCACCCACACUGACCAGCAUCAAUCUGCCACCGCCGGGAGUGCAUAUCCCACUUAAAUCGGGCUCUCUGGUGCAAGUACAAGCAGCACCACCGAUGCCGGUGUUCUCACAGCCGCCGCCCAAUAUUCAAUUGCAGCAGCAACCGCCGCCAUCGCAAAUAAUUCUCAAUCAGGCGCCUCCCAAUAACUAUCAGUACCAGUACAUUCAGCAGCAGCCACAGUUGCAGACGCAACUGCAGCAGAAUGAGACGACACAGCAACAGGGUCAUGUCACCAUUCAGCAUAUCUAUCAGCCACAGCCGCAGAUACAGCCACAGAUUCAGAGGAUUAUCCAUCAGAAUCCUACACCACAGCCCAUUGAGCAAUUUCAGCAGAUACGGCCAAGUCAGCAGUACAUUACACUGCAGGGGAACACGGCGUAUGUUGUACCACCCCCGAAUAUUGUUCAGCAAGCCGGAACGACACAGCCGGCACCCAAUCAACCAAAUGUGGUGUUUUCUACGCAAUUGCCGCCGCCGCAGACGCAUCAGGAGAUUGCUGGGUUCGCUGGUCCGAAUGCCAAGCCCCCAGAAACAAGUGGGAUUGGAGGGAUGCCCAUGGAGGAGAGGAAAUUUGAAUCGAAAAGUCCUGAAUACGACCAAAAUAAACUAGAUAGGGCAAUUAAUGACAAUGCAAUCAACAAGAAUGGUGUUGAUGGACCUCCGGUAACAAUAAAUUCUUUCUGUGGGAGGCCACCUGUUCAGCAGAAUACUGUGGCUAUGACAUCAAUUCCCAUAAUUCAGGCACCACCACCAAUAAUGUCAAUUCCACCACCGGGAAUUCAUCAGAUCAUUGGCAAUACAUAUUUGACUACGGCACCGUCUCAGCAGGAGAAUUACAAUGCCACUCCGGUGUCUAUACAUCAGAUUCAGCCACCGCCACAGCAGUCAAUCCAUGUGCCCACUGUUACGGCUCCCACGCAGCAUCAUGUUGUGCUCAAUCAUUCGUGGCAGCCACCUCCAAGUCAGAUUCAUCACAUCACCCAGGCUAAUCAGUUGCAGAAUGUACAGAUUUCGCAUCAGAUUCGAAAUCCCGCCAGUGAGAUCAUUGUGGGCAAUCAGAUUAUCAGUGCACCAAAUACAGAAGUGGCCUCCCAGCAUAAUUCCAUCAUCACGACACUUCCUCCAGCUCCAGGGAUGCAAGUUCAGUUUCAGCCGCCACCGCAGCCUCAGCCGCAGCCGCAGCAGCAGCAGCAACCGAUGCCAGAAAGUGGACCACCACCGCAAUUUGGUGAAGUGCACACGAUACCCAAUAGCCUUCAGCAGAGGGUUAGUGUGAUGCAUCAGGGGCCAUUUGACUGCCCGCCAAUGGAGAAGGGACCUAAAGGUGGGGCCGGCGGCGGUGGGAAGAAUAAUUCCCCGCAGAAUGCUUGCUUUUCACCGGAAAAUGCACAGAAACAGAUGGGACAAAUGCCAAGAAUUGGCAUGAAGCGAAAACAUGAAGAUGAGCCUGGAAGUGUUUCAACUUCACCAAGAAUUGGAAUGGGAAAUAGUUGUGGAGAUUUUAUAGUAAACGUUCGAGAAACACAAAAAACAGGGUGUCCGGAAACGACAACAUCAAGUGGCAAUGGGAGCACGAAUAAUACGUCCGGAUCACCUUCCACAACAAAUGCAUCAGCAUCAACUUAUGCUACAGAUGAGAGCAAAAUGGAUAAUGGCAAAACGGUGAAUAAAGUGCCGAUGCUAAUGAAUGCUGAAGGACAACCUGAGCAGAUGGGUUAUUCCAGUGGGAAUUAUCUGUCACAGCAACAGGCCCAGCAACAGAGAUAUAUGAUGGACAAGAAUAGUGAUUUUGGCGGUGGAGGUCAAGGGAAGAAUGAUGAGAAUUAUGGGCCACCGCAGAUGCCGAUGAGAAAUGAAUUUCGGCCAAAUAUGAGGCGGUAUAUGGGACAAGAUCCCAAUGCACCCAUGAUGGAGCGUGGUGCUAUGAUUCCACCACCUCCACAUCCAGGAGUUUUCAAUAGAUCCGGCAACUAUGGGGGCUAUCCACCGAGAUUCAGAAGUCAAUGAGGAAGGACAUAAGUUUCGAUGUCAAGUGGACGGAAGCAAUGUCCAGGAAAUAGUGUAUCUCUUGUGAGAAAAAUCCAAUAGAAAUAUUGGCAUUUUGUGAGUUUCAUCUAUUCAUAUACUCAAAGUUACUGUAAAUAGUUGUGUUUUAUGAAUGAUAGAGUGAAAAAAAUAAUAUUGAAAUGAAUAAAAAUAAGGAAUUCAAUAAGUUAUUGAACAAA